UAAACCGCAUUCGAGGGAUCAAUAGUGGAAAAAGAAAAAAAUUCUAGAGAAUAAAAUAAGAACAAAAUAUUCGAUAAAGCUUCAAAUUUUCCAUUGGAUUUAUAAUCAACUCUACCAUCAUGGCGGGUAAUUCAGGAAUGGAAAAUCUUAUACCAAUAAUCAAUAAACUCCAAGACGCUUUUACAUCAUUGGGUGUUCACAUGCAAAUUGAUUUGCCUCAGAUUGCUGUAGUUGGUGGGCAAUCGGCAGGCAAAUCAUCUGUUUUAGAGAAUUUCGUCGGAAGAGAUUUUCUGCCUCGUGGAUCUGGCAUUGUUACUCGACGUCCUUUAAUUCUUCAACUCAUUAAUGGACCUACAGAAUCAGCUGAAUUCUUACAUUGUAAAGGCAAAAGGUUUGUAAACUUCGAUGAGGUACGAAAGGAAAUCGAAGAUGAAACAGAUCGUGUAACUGGAAGCAACAAAGGAAUAUCAAAUAUUCCUAUCAACUUACGCGUCUAUUCGCCCCAUGUGCUGAACUUGACACUUAUUGAUCUGCCAGGUCUUACGAAAGUUCCAAUUGGAGAUCAACCUAUAGACAUUGAAAGUCAAAUUAAAUCAAUGAUCUUUCAAUUUAUCAAGAAAGAAACAUGUUUGAUCUUGGCUGUCACACCAGCAAACACAGAUUUAGCAAAUUCCGAUGCAUUAAAAUUAGCUAAGGAAGUUGAUCCUCAAGGUAUUCGUACGAUUGGAGUAAUUACAAAGUUGGAUUUGAUGGACGAAGGCACCGAUGCGCGAGAUAUUUUAGAAAACAAACUCUUGCCCCUUCGAAGAGGAUACAUUGGCGUAGUCAAUCGUUCUCAAAAAGAUAUUGAAGGAAAGAAAGAUAUCACAUUGGCAAUGGCAGCCGAGAGAAAAUUCUUCCUUAGUCAUCCAUCAUAUCGACACAUGGCUGAUAAAAUGGGAACACCAUAUUUGCAGAAAGUUCUUAAUCAGCAACUUACAAAUCACAUCCGUGAUACUUUACCAUCUUUAAGAGAUCGUUUGCAAAAGCAAUUAUUGACAUUAGAAAAAGAUGUCGACCAAUUUAAGCAUUUUCAACCCAACGAUCCAAGCAUUAAAACCAAAGCAAUGUUGCAAAUGAUUCAACAACUCCAGUCAGAUUUUGAGCGAACUAUCGAAGGCUCUGGUUCUGCUUUGGUGAACACUAACGAACUAUCUGGUGGUGCCAAGAUUAACCGAAUUUUCCACGAAAGAUUGCGCUUUGAAAUUGUGAAAAUGUCAUGCGAUGAGAAAGAAUUACGCCGUGAAAUUUCGUUUGCAAUUCGUAAUAUUCAUGGUAUUCGAGUAGGUUUAUUCACACCAGACAUGGCAUUUGAAGCUAUAACAAAGCGACAAAUCGGUCAACUUAAAGAGCCAGUUUUAAAAUGCAUUGAUUUAGUUGUCGUUGAACUAUCAAAUGUUGUCAGAAAUUGUGCAGAGAAAAUGAGUCGUUAUCCGAGAUUACGGGAAGAAGCUGAAAGAAUUAUCACCACCCACAUCAGACAAUGUGAGCAGAAAUGCAAAGAACAAUUAAUUCUCAUGAUUGAUUAUGAGCUGGCAUAUAUGAAUACAAAUCAUGAAGAUUUCAUUGGUUUCGCCAAUGCUCAAAACAACACAGAAAAUAAGUCAAAGACAGGAACUAGAAGCUUGGGAAAUCAAGUCAUUCGCAAAGGACACAUGUGCAUCAACAAUCUUGGCAUAAUGAAAGGAAGCUCCAGACCAUACUGGUUCGUUCUGACGUCAGAAAGUAUUUCAUGGUUUAAAGACGAAGAUGAAAAAGAAAAGAAAUUUAUGUUACCACUUGAUGGACUUAAAUUACGUGACAUUGAACAAGGAUUCAUGUCAAGACGACAUACUUUUGCUCUUUUCAAUCCCGAAGGAAGAAAUAUUUACAAAGACUACAAACAAUUGGAAUUAUCUUGUGAAAAUACUGACGAAGUUGAUUCAUGGAAAGCUUCUUUCUUACGUGCUGGUGUUUACCCAGAAAAGGAUAAUGCUGAGAAUGGCGAAGAUGACAGCGGAGAACAACAAGCAAGUUCAUUAGAUCCACAGUUGGAACGACAAGUUGAAACCAUCCGAAAUUUAGUCGACUCAUACAUGAGAAUUGUUACAAAAACAACACGCGAUAUGGUGCCUAAAGCCAUAAUGUAUUUAAUUGUUAAUAACGCAAAAGAUUUCAUCAAUGGCGAAUUAUUAGCUCACUUAUAUGCUAGUGGAGAUCAGGUGAAUAAUUUAAUUAAAAAUAUCAGAAUUUUCAAUAAUAAAUUGAGUGGAGACGUAACUAUGGCGACAUUCUCAACACCUAUUCCAGCUCCAGUUAAAAAUGAUUGGCUUCCUACGGGUGAAAACCCUAGGCUUUCACCUCCAAGUCCUGGAGGACCACGAAAAAAUGUUCCUGUUCAGCAGGGAUCACUGGGAAGUGCAACAAGUCGAGGACCACCACCUCCACCAGCUGCCGGAAGACCAGCUCCUGCAAUUCCAAACAGACCCGGUGGAGCACCACCAGUUCCUGGCGGUCGUCCAUCUGCUCAAGCAUUGCCUGCACCACUUAUUCCAUCUCGGCCUGGUGGCAGUGCGAACGUUCAAAACAUGAUUCCACAACAUAUGCGUCAACAGAUCAAUCAACAAGUGGGACAAGCUGUUACGAAUGCUGCAAUGAAUGAGCUAUCAAAUGUCUUCGCUAGUAAAUUCAAGUAAAAAUCCUACAUAGUGAUACAAUAUAAAAUAUCUGUUGUAUACUGGAAUAUUUAAUUAUUAAUUAAACAAAAGAAAGAAGAAAAGAAAACAUUAAAAAAUUAUGUUCACGAUUCGACUUGUUGCAUAAAAUUCAAAGUUUAAUGAUAAAUAUUGCAUUCGCUGUACUGCAACUAAAAAAUUAUAAAUUACUUACAAAUAUUUCCUGCUUUUAGACAUAUAUCUAGAUAGAUGUUUAUUGUUGAAAAAGCAGCUUUUCAGCUUGUGACAUCUAAGUUUUAAAAAGCAUUGUAUUUAUAUCCGAUAGUAAUUAUAAAAUAUUUGAAAUAUUGAUCAGAUAUCUGAAACCAAUUAUUAAUAUGAAUCAGGUGAAUGGACAUUUAAAUUUAGAAAGCUUGAAAGAGAUUCUGAAAAGUCUUUUGUUUCGCAAAAUAUCUAACAUGUUAGGAAUUAAAAAAAGAAGUAACAUUGAGUAAAAUAAAGUAAGUUCAAUUCCAUAUUUCAUAAAAAGAAAAGCAUUAAAAAUGAAAGGUAGUAAGAUGAAUAACAAAGUUAUAUUAUACAGUGCAAGAUAAACAUUUAUGAUUGAAUCAUGUGAGAUGAAGUUAAGUAAGUCUUUGUAUUACAGACGAGACCAUCAUUGACAAAUUUCAUGUAAAAACUUUUCGUUUUUCACAAUCUUUUUGAUAAAAAGAAAAGUUUUCGAUGCUGCGAUUUAAAGAUUUAUUUAAUUUCCUACUCCCUGAAAUGGUUCAAUAUCAGAUAAUAUCUUUAAAAUAUUAAGUUAAAUAGUUCGAGAAAUAUAUUAAAAACAUAAGUGUUCGUAUCGAGUUUAAUGAUAGCGUGUUAAUAAUUUUUCUCUAUAUGCUAGACAUUCUACUUAAUGGAGAAUUGACGGUAAAAUUACACUUACUUAUAACUAUAUUAAUAUAAAUGUUUGAUGUGGUGACAUUCAACAUUCUUCACACAUUCUCACGUAACAAUAAGACAUUUAUCAUUCCUAUAUGACUAACAACAUUAAAAGAUUUUCAUCGGCGCGAAACUCCAAUUCAUGAGUCAUGAAACAGUCAUCAUAAACUUCAACUUCAUUUAACAUUGAGUUUCCAAGAAAAAAUAUUAAACCGGCAUAGGUUGUUGUUUUCAGAACUAAAAGCAUUAUUUUCCUCAUUACAGGUGUGAGACUCAUCCCGUUCAUUUUCAUUUUUCAGUUUGAAACUUUCAUAUGAAGAUUUAUUACUUUUUUAUGUUUACCAUGUUCAUGAAGUAUCUCGUUACAAAACAGAAGACUUUUUUUUUAAUUAGCUUGACUAUCUUGAAUAGAACACUCUCUAAUAUUAAAAAGAAAUCAAUGGAAUACAUAUAUCUACUUCUAGAGUAAUAGAGGAAUUUUAGCAAUGAUAUGUGUGCUGGUUUAUUUUUCGCCUGUGAGGGAUUUGCAUGCAUAUUUAAUUUAAAUAUUAACAGGGAAUCUAUGGAACAGAAUACGACGAAUGACAGUUAUUAGAGUUAUUAUCCAGGGGGUCUCUGCAGCUCUCUAUGUUUCGACAAGAUCAUCAUUUAUUUCAAAUUUAAAUGUUUGGGAGCAGAAGAGAUAAAUUUGUGAAAGAUAAAUAGAACUUGACAUGUUAAAUUGAGCUUUCCUAACUCCCUGGAACUACCCACUAUCAAGUACAUAAAACAACAAUAGCUUACGGCUUUAAGUAUAAAUAAGCGAAAUAUUUCAAGAGAUAAUAUUUUUAUUAGAAUUUUUUAUGUUAUUUCAUUCUGUCAACUGUCAAUUAUAAAGCUAAGAUCUACUGGCCAAACGAAAAUAUUUAUGAAUUGCCAGAAAAGAUCUUUGACAUUCUGUCCACAAAAAUUCUCUCGAAAGUUUACGUUCUCAUACUAAAUACCUCACUUUAGAAGUGAUUUGAAUUUCCUUAAUAAUACGACGAAAAAUAUUUUAGUAAAUAAACGAAAUUAAUCCUAUCAUGUUCUCAAAGCAUAACUUAUGAUUUUUGAUUUAAUUUCAAUUUACAAAUGUAAACACGAUUUUGUUUUCAUUAAUCUGAGUAUGAAAAAGUAAAACGCACUUAGCAUAAAUAAAUGUUAUGAAAUCAAAAGUAUUUAAAAUAAAUAUGAAAAUCGUGAUAAUUAAAAUGAAAUGCACCGAACGAAAAUUUCAAUGUCCUUUUUGCAUUAAUUUCUUAUGGUCGAUUUUUGUGUUUUCUUUUUAGAAUUUUCCAGGUCCAUUCUUAGUAACUAUCAUAGUCAUCUGAAGAUGCUCUAGAGCAUUGUAAUUCUUUAAAGAUAUUAAUUUUUCAUUACGUUUCUCAUUUAAAAUCAUUUUUCUGUAUCUGACUUCCUGAAAAAACUUAUUUCUUCCCCUUAAUCUAAGAACUUUCUCUUCAGUUGAAAAACCAAAAUUGAUCUUAAUAUUUUAAUAUUUCAAAUGCAAUAAAAACCAAAAAAAAAUAUUUUGUCAAUGUGUAAGAUAGCUUCGAAGAAAGAAAGGAGAUGAUAGUGUAGAAAAAAUAAAAUAUAUUUACAAACAAAAAUAAUCCUGUACAAAAAGUUGUUCCAAACUGAUAACAAAUCAUGAAAUACCACAAGCAUUCUUCUUGCAUAAGAUUGUAUAUCUCAAUAAAGGAAUUAUAAAAAUUACAAGCGCCUAAGACUUAUUUUUGUAACUUACUUUGAUACUCCAUUAAAUUUAUGUUAAAUAUUUUCAUCCCUAAUUUUUCUUUUGAUCUUUGUAUUUCUUCUUUGUAAUUAUAUUUCCUAAUUUAAAAACGAUUUUUAUUUUAUUUUUUGAUUGCUCAAAUAUACAUUUUGACAUCAAUUUUUUGUACUUUUUAUUUUAACAGACGACCGGGAGGAUAUCCGAGCUACAAGACAAAAUAGAAUACACAAAAACACCAAGCAAACUAUCAUUAUGAAAUUGCAUUAUUUAAUUAAGAUGUUAUUGUUUCAAAUGAAAUUUUUAAAUUAUUAUCUUUUUUAAGUCAUAGCUGAUAUUUAACAAUUCUUAUUGAUUAUGUAAAUAA